CCUCUGACAAACCCGGAAGUGGCUGGUUUGUCUCCUGUCUGGCUGGAAACAAGUAAAGCAACUGCGAAACCCCGUAGCUUACAGUGCAUGAACAGACGAGCCAGGUGUGUACGUGUACCGAGGGUGUUUGCGGUGAUGUACUGUGGCUACCAGGACCGUGAGGAGUUUGAGGAUGAACUCUACCAAGAGGAAGAUGACGAGGAGGAGGAGGAGGGGUCAGAGGUCAACAGCGAGUUAGAGUUCCAGCUCUACAGCCAACUCCACUACUCCUCCAAUGCCGGGGAGAGGGAAGAGGAGGAGGAUGGAGGGGAGAAGGAGCAGGAGGGAAAGCGUCAAGACGGCCAGCGACUUCAGGUGGUCGAGACGAGCGGUGAGCGGAAAGACUCUGAGCCAAACAGGCUGCCGUCGCCUGGUGUGGGCAGGCCGGCGGAGCACCUGAAGGGACACGCAGAGGCGGAGCGCAAGAAGGAGAAACUGCAUGAUCAGAGGAAGAGGAAGGGUGCGCCGAAAGGUCAGAGGCCGUCAGCAUCUUUGUUUCAGGAGGUCAUUGUCAUUGACUCCGGCACAGAAGUCAUCUCCAUCUCUGACGACACGGACGACGGGGUGUGCGCCUUCAAGGGCCAGAAGUCGCGGCCUCUGCAGGCUUCCACGCCGGCCCAACAGGCAACUCGGCAGAGGAAGAGGAGCCCCAGUCUGGUUGAGGACUCUGUCAGCUCAGGAUCAGAAUCAGAAGAGUCUGAAUCCGAGUCUGAAUCUGAGUCCGACUCUGAUUCGGACGGUCUGGAAAGCUGGAUGAUCCUGGGUCGAGACAAUCAGGACGGAGACCAGAGCAUCUCACUCAACUUGGAGGGAGAAUCUGACAGCAGUUCAGAUGCUGAUGAAGAUGAAGAGCGCAAAUGGUUGGUGUCUAACAAGGACAAAGAGGCUCAGAUCUAUAACAAAGACAAGGGUGUACGAAUGCCGGUGAACCGAAUGUCCAACAGAUACUACACCGACAAAAAUGUCACCUGUAGGAACUGCAGUAAGACCGGACACCUCUCCAAGAACUGCCCCAAUCCCAAGAAAGUGGCGUGCUGCUUCCUGUGCGGCACCCCAGGCCAUCAGGUUGCUGAGUGUCCCAACAGGCACUGUGCCAACUGUGGUCUGCCUGGGCAUCUGUACGAGUCGUGCAGUGAGAGGGCUUACUGGCACAAGCAGUGCCAUCGCUGUGGCAUGACAGGACACUUCUUUGACGCUUGCCCAGAGAUCUGGAGGCAGUACCACAUCACGAUUAAAAGCGGUCCUCCUCAAAGGCAGGAAGGAGAGGACAUGGGUAGAACUCCCCCUUACUGCUACAACUGCUCCAGAAAAGGACACUUUGGCUAUGCGUGUACCCAGCGCAGGAUGUUCAACGGGACGUAUCCCACAACCCCUUUCAUCAACUGUUAUGACACUGUGGAGGAGAUCAGGCGCAGAGAGCACAGGAUCAAGCUGAAGGUUAAAGAAUUAAGGGAAAAUGGCCUUUUCCCCCCUGGAUCUCAGAUGCCUCUCACCCCAGGACCACCAAGGAAGAGACAGAAAAACAACCAUCACAACAACAGCAACCAGCCGGACCACAGAUCUUACCAAACUCCUAACAACCACAAACCCAGUCCCAAGCACAUCAUGUUUAGAGACAACAAACAAGCGUCCGCUAUGCGGCCCAAAACAAAAAAGGCUGAUAAGCACAAACAACAGGGAACCAGUAGUACGGCGAAACCAUGGCAACCCAAAAGAGCAGUGCCCACCUCGAGAGGCCCACUCCCUCCAGUGAAGCCAGUGAAACUAGUUUUCAACGAGGCAGAUGACUUUCCCAGAGGGGGAGUCACAGGAGAGAAGAAAGAGAAGAAAAAUAAGAGGAAGAAAAAGAAUAGGCAAGGCCUUCUAGGACCACCAGAGGCGCACUUCAGGCCCGCAGCCCGCACCCCAGACCGUCUGUUUGGGGUCGGGCCAGGUGGGGAGAUGAAGAGGAAAAGAAGACGAGCCCGAGGGAGAGAGAGGAAGGCUGCCAACAUGGCUGCUGCAGACAUGUACCCCACUGAUGAGAAUCUGUUCAUCAUUAAACAGAGGAAACGCAAGAGAUAACACCACAUUGUGUGAGGUGUGGGACUUGUGCACAUUUUUCAGUACUGAGUGUGCGUGUGUGUGCGUGCGUGUGUGUGUGUGUGUGUGUGUUGGUGGAGUGGCUGUAGGAAGGACAGCUCCACCUUGUGGUCACUGGGAGAGCUACAGUCAAAUCCCUCUCAAGCUACAACAUUGGCAUCUUUGUUGGUAUCUCUCACAUCUGCACAGGUUACUGUCAAGAUGUGUGGAGUUGGACUACAUGGUACAUGAACCAGGCUGAGAGAAUCCAUAGAGUCAGUUAAAAAAAAAAAAAAUCAAUGGCAUUUAGUCAUUCCAGCAGUUUAACAUUAUCGAUUGAAUGACAGAAUGUCUCUCAUUACUAUCCAGUCUUUCAUUUUGGGUAAAAGAGAUGGCAAAAAAUGUGCUUGUGCCAUCCUGCGGUGUUUACAGUAAAUUAUUUAGAAAGUGCUGACAAAGUAAAGCUACUAUGGUCAUAUUUUACGAUUAUUCUGUAAUUAACCCAUCAGUAUCAGUCCCUGUUUUGGUUAUUUCUCAAGCAUACUGACUGGCUGCAUUGGAUUUCUGUGGUCUUAACACAUUGUUGUAAGGUUUGAGUUCAGAAACUGAUUUCAGUUUAAAGUGGCUACUCUUGCUUUUUCAGAUGUUUUGUGAAUUCUAAAAAAAACUCUGGGAGUAAUUGAAAAAAAAAAAACAUUUUUAAUGAAUGUGAAUGUGUUUCACUUUUCUAUAACACUCACUAAUGUGCAAAUGAAGUAUAUAUACAU